GUCCUUGUUGGCGUUAGAGGUACGAGGGAAUAACAAUGGACAUUCAAAGAUCAACGCACAUAAUGACUUUCGUAUUAUUUGUGGGGCUGUUGAAUGUGGCGUCGGGCUACCAUUCGGUGAGUCAUGUUACUUUUUAACGUAUUUUUAAUAUUUUACUUAUUUUAGUAGUUUCCUUUUUCAAAUGUGUUAUAGACAUUAUCAGUGACCCCCAACCCGCCCCUCCCCCCAAAAAAAAUAUAUAAUUAAAAAUAAAAUAAAAAAUAAAAAGUCCCCAACCUUUGUUUGUUUGUGUUCCUGCUUUAGGUAAACAAGGAAAAAAUGGUUUGAUUUCCUCUGUUUAAUAAUAUUCAUAAGUGUACAUGCUAUGCAUACUUAGAAAUGUGUAGGUGUUUUAAUUAAAAUACUCACGCCUAUACUACGCUGACACAUAUCUUGGUAGUUCUGCAUAUUGAAAUAACCGAGCUCUGCUUUCAGUGUUCACGCACACCCACCAAACCAUUCAUUUAAAGUCCCUUAAUAUAAUCGUAGGUUCUAAUACUAAUCGACAUAUUUCACUGAUACUGUUUGUCAUAGAAAGCCAAUGGUUUGUUUAACAUUUUUAAAAAAAAAAUUAAAAAUUAAUAUUCAUGCGUCUUAACCUAUCUGUGCAACAUAAUUUUACGACACAAAAUAAUUUCCCCCAAAAGUAAAAUUUAAAAGGAAAACGAUUAAAAUGCCGUCAACUUUCAGAUAAAAAUAACAUUUAUCAAUAUAAAUAUGAAGUUCUUUUCUUCCCCCAAAGUAUUAUUAAACUUUUAUGUGAUUAUAUAUUCUCGGAUUCGAAUGGUAAGAUUUAAAAAAAAGAAUAAUGUCAUUGGACUGUUAAUUGAAAAUAAAACACGUUAGCAUAUAAUUUAUGAGUUAUAAACAAGAAGGACAAUGUUAUUGCAAGAUUCAAAUGAAAAAAAAAAAAUAUAAUAAUUAAAAAAAAAAAAUUCGCGCAAAGAAACCAACAAUUAAACAAUAACAAAUAAACAAUAACAAAUGAACAGUAAGAAAUGAACAAAUAAACCUCUCCUUGAGGAAAAAAGAGACAUUUCAAUUUUGUAUUAUUAUUUUGAGGAAUACAAUACCAUUAUAACUUUUAAACUAUUAGUGCCUAGUUUUACAGAUAACCUAAUUUAUUUACAAUAAUUAGAGGUGUUACCUUUUCAGAGAAGAUGAUCAACAAAACAACCAUCAUGUGCGUUUGAACUUGUGCUCUUUUUUUUUCGAAACGUACCGUUUUGAGUUGCAAUAAUUGAUAAUUUAUAUUGAUGGAAUGAAAAUUUCUUUGGAAUUUUUGAAAAAAAAAAAGAGUUAGGUUUAAAGGAUAUACAUUAUGUUCUUUCUAAUUUAACCAAUAAUAAAACAUAUAUUUGCUUGAAGCUCAUAUUUUUAAAGCACAUGUUUUACUGGAAAUAAGUAAAUAUUAGGAGUAGUGUUUUUCGGAUAAAAAUGGAAUUGGAUUUUGAAGAUCACAAAUCUAGUCCGAUGUUUUAAAAAUUAGUAUUUGAACCCCACCCCCUCCCCCCCCCCCCACACCCAUUAUGGUCAAAUCACCAAAUGAUGUUAUAUUCCUUUAAAACAUCGGUUCUCAAGCUUGGGCUCGCGACCCCUUUGGUGGUCAUUUUUCGGAUAAAAAUGGAAUUGGAUUUUGAAGAUCACAAAUCUAGUCCGAUUUUUUAAAAAUUAGUAUUUGAACCCCCCCCCCCCCCCCCCCCCCCACACCCAUUAUGGUCAAAUCACCAAAUGAUGUUAUAUUCCUUUAAAACAUCGGUUCUCAAGCUUGGGCUCGCGACCCCUUUGGUGGUCGAGCGAUCAUUACUCAGGGGUCGCCUAAGAACAUCGGAAAACACACAUUUAUGAAGUAGCAAGGGAAAGAUCUUUAGGUUUGGAGGUAACCACAACAUGAGGAACUGUAAUUAAAGGGUCGCGGCAUUAGGAAGGUUAAGAACCACUGCUUUAAAAGGCUGUCGUACGUUGAUUGUCUUUUGGGAUUUGGAAGGAAGAAAACUUUAGUUGGCUUUUAGCGUCGUAUAAUUAAAGUAAAGUUGAUAUAAAAUAGUAUCGGGACUUAACCAUUUCUACGUUUGUUCACGUUUGGUUUUCAAUUUCAGGGCGGCUUCGGUAGCAACGGAGGAGGAUUUGGUGGCGGAGGAAAUGGUGGAGGCUUCGGUGGAGGAGGAAAUGGUGGAGGCUUCGGUGGAGGAGGACAUGGUGGAGGCUUCGGUGGUGGGCCUAUAAGUCGAGAUGCCCCUCCAGAAGAAGACAUUUCAGACAAGUCUUACGUCCCCGAACAAAUUAAGCUGCUUAUCGGACAUGCUGUGUCGGGUAACUGAUUUCUCAUCAUAUUAAAAAAAAAUAUAUAUAUUAUUUGUGUUGAUCUAUUCUUCAUGUAAAUUAGUCUCAAUAGCCAUGGAAAUUGUGAUGAAUUUUACAGGGGUUAUAAAUUAUAACAUUUUUUAUUAAUGAAUUUACAAAGAACUGUUUUUAUUUAAUAUUUUAUUUCUCUAAGGAUUAAAUUGUCUCUUAGACUCAAUUCAUCAACAACAAAUUAAUAAAGACUUACAAAAUUAAAAGAAAGUUAAAUUUAUGUGAUUUUUAUAUUUCCCGGCAUAAAAAAUAAAAAAAAACAGUUUCAAUUUGUACCAUAUAGAUAAUAAACACUUUGACACAAUUUCGCGCUCGGGGCUUUUUUUAUUCUAUUUUUAAAAUCAUAUAAGAGACAUUUUAAGAGCAUGCAACAUUUAAUCUUAUUGUAAAACUCUCAUAAUUUUGUUAUUUUAUUGUAAUUGAAACUUAAAUAGCACUUUUCAAAAAGUGAAAUAAAGCUUACAACCACACCGCUCAACUACAACCUUCAACUACGCCCCUCAACUACAUCUUUCAAAUACACCCUUAAACUACACCCUUUAACUACACCCCAGAACUACACCCCUUAACUACACUCCUCAACUACACCCAAAUGGAACAUAAACAGCAACUUGCUCUACCAAACAUACAACAACCUCUUACCCGACUUACACAUUUCCUUCAAUCUGCUCACCUCAUGCUCACAUUUUUACCUUUUUCUUCGGCCUCUCACAUUUCCAAUGCCCUCCCUCCCUUAGUGUAGUGAACCUAAUCAUUUUAGACUCACUUCCCUGUCAGCACAUACACGUCCACUAAAUCAGACAUUACUGUAUAUCAUUUGAUGACAUAUACCAUAGUUCUUGAUAAUAUAGUAACAAAAAAUAUUUCUAACAUUGCGCCGCCACCUCUAUGGUUUUAAAUUUUUUUAACGCUGUACAUUUCUCAAAUCAAAGACUGAAAGAUCCAAAUUAUUUUCAAUAUGCCCCCAUCGGGGCGUAGGCGCUACAUCUGGAAAUACACCCCCCCCCCCAAUUCACUUACUUUCAUAUAUUGAGUAACAAAACGGGAAAAUGUCAAAUUGAUUAUUUACAUUUUACAAUAAGAUAUUGAAAUAUCAUGUACAAUGCCUCAUUUUUUUUAAUACUCAUUUAAUGUUAUAACACUAUUGAACUCACCGUUGUCAGCUUUCUCUCAAACACUUACAAGUGUGGGAACUACAGAGAGUAGACAAGACGCGAUGACACGUGCAGUAGAUUGUAAUUAAGCAUAUUUCAUUACAGCUCCAUUUGUUCACACUCAUUUUCCUUCCUUCAGGUCUAACAGUAGACGACAUGGUGAAUCAUUGUAACAAGAUUAAGGCUGGGGCCCAGGCACAGCUGGAUGCUGGUGGAGAGACAAGUAAGUAAAGAUUAUUAUUGUAUUAUGGUUUACAUUCAAAUAUUAGUAUAAUCCCCGAUAGUUUGGUUUCCGGUGGCUAACUCGCAAUGUUUUUGUGUAUCCAAAUGGAUUAAAUACGGGAAAAGCGUUGAAUAUCAAUAUAAAUCGGUAAAAAUCAAUGCGGGACGCUAGACUAUGGGUGUGAAUCCAAACUGUCAAAUCCGGAGAUUGUGUCCCGAAGCCGAUAUGACGCUGCUACCUAUGUCAUUUUGGCAACUCCAACAACGCAGUUAGAGCCAAGUUUUAUUGACAAGUGUCAUUCCCCUUGGAUCCACUGGCUGUGUGGUGAGUUGGGAUCUGCUGUAUUUGGCAAAAGAAGAUCUUCAUAAAACUAACCACCCCCCCCCCGCCCCACCCAGGCUAAAUAGCUGCACUACUGAUGACACUUCACAAGAAACGCAAGUCGUUGCAACAUAAUGAGCAUUAUGGAAUGUCAAAUUUAACCUGGAGUCUAGGUUCUCCUGCAAGAAAUUCAGCCACGUAAGCCAUUUGAUAAUGUCAGGUACUCCAUCGUAUAUCGCUGAUAUUCUAAACGUGUUCUCAGCAGUGUAAUUAGUGAUUAUGAUGUUCCUUUAUACAUAGUAAUGUAUCAUUAAAUUAAAAUGUAAGAUUUGUUUAGAUGAGAAGACAAGUUGAUUUUUUCUUGCUUUGUUUUCGUCUUUUUUUUUUUUUUUUUAAAUACAUUUGAAUUUUUUGACUUUUUUACGUAAAAAUAUAUAUUGCCUUAGGCUGGAGAAACAUUGUAUUUAUAUACAAAAUAUUCUAAUUAGUGAUUAUGAUGUUCCUUUAUACAUAGUAAUGUAUCAUUAAAUUAAAAUGUAAGAUUUGUUUAGAUGAGAAGACAAGUUGAUUUUUUCUUGCUUUGUUUUCGUCUUUUUUUUUUUUUUUUGUAAAUACAUUUGAAUGUUAUGACUUUAUUACGUAAAAAUAUAGAUUGCCUCAGGCUGGAGAAACAUUGUAUUUAGAUACAAAAGAUUCUUCUGUUUAUUCUUUUUAUUAUAUAAAUCAUAAAAAAACACACACAAAAGUAAAGCAAAUGAGAGAUGUGUUCUAUAUGCAUGAGAAAGUAAGAAAAUAACAACACGGUGAUUUGACAAGUCUGCAAAGUAGGUGAGGCCUGGUAUCUCCAAAUAAAUGAAUAGCUUAACAGCCACAUUCCAUAGAUUGUGUCCUUUUUAGCAUGCAUAAAUACAUUUACUUAUAAACACAUUUACCUAUAAUCACGUCGCUUGAGUAUGUUAUUCAUGAAACUAUGCUGAAGAUACUUGUUUUCUUCUAUUUUACUUUGUAGUAUCAGACGAGCAAGCCGACGCAGUGUUGAGGGAAAUGGCUUCAAAAUAUCCAUCAAUCUCUCCUGCAGACUUACUCAAUUCAGGUAAAAUAUGAAUAGGAUUUUGACAAAAAAAAUAUUUUUUCAAAAGUAAAAGAAUAAGAAUGUAUAUUAUAUAAUGUUAUUAAAUAUGGUUAAUUUUUUAUAUGUUUUAGGGUAGACCAAAUUAUUAAAAAAAAAAAAAAUUAUGUGGCAAAAAAUAUAAUGCUUUAUCGUUAUCGAUAUUAAAUUGUCUUCGUCUUAAGUGCAUCUAGUUGUUGUUCUUUAAAUCUAUUGUUUUUAAAGCAAUACUAUUUGGAGGGCGAUUAAAAAGUGACUUACCAUUAAUUUUUUGUUUGUUUCUGUUUCAAAUGAAGUAAUGAAAUAUGUUUUCUCCAAUACACUACAACAAUCCAGAUGCUGUGGUAGACGAGGAAUAUAGAGUGACUACAGCUUUAAAAAUCUUAAAGGAAUGCGCUGAGCAAAUAAAAACUCAUCGAAGUAAGACGGUUUUCGGCAGCACUUUAGUUAUUACUUUGUCUAGAGUAUCCUAAAAGGCUUUACUAAUUACUAGCUAACAUACCCAGCAAAACUCGGGUUUGCAUUAGAAAAAAAUCAUUUACACCGUAAUCAGCUAAUAUUAAGUUUAUGUGUCCUAUAAAAGAUUAAAAAAUAAAAUAAUUAAAUUUGUAAUUGCCUAUAAAAAUAAAAAUUCCUAUAAAAAAAGCAAUAUUAUAAUAAUGUGCGUGGGCAGAGAAGGGAUGUGCUCGGUACCUGCCGUACAUAAAACAGCUUUUACAGGGCUGCCAGUUGUGAUAUUUCCCAACUGGAACAAGAGGCAGUGACAGGGUAGGGAUCAUGAUUACAAGUUGGCGUUAAUGGAUAUGAGGCAAUAUGCGAAGGUGGUAACCUCUAGCCGAUGAUUCUUACUACUCAGCCCUGAGAAGCUGCUCCAAGGCAACCGUUUCGUCCCAGCUGCAUCGCGAAUUAGUUGCGUUGUGGAAACCCACUGUAGAAUCCCUCUUAUACGGCGUCUAACGCUUACCCGGGAUGGGUGGGGGGAAGAUAUUGGGACGUAAAAUUUUCCAUCCCGACUCCUGAGAAAGUCGAUCGUGUGCACUGUGCGAAAUACCACAGUUUCGGACCGACCGGAUGUCUGUGGGUUGGGACGGCCCCCGGUGGAGACCUGGUCGAACAGACUCGGGUGGCGGCCGUCCUGACAAAGGGACAUCCCCGACGUGCCGCACCGCGGCCCGAUACCGGGUUGGGGAGGGGUGUUUUGGGGAGGGCAUAAAGAGCGCAAGCUCGACGGCACGCUGAAGCCAUUUCUUAAUGUAAUAUAAUAAUAUAAUAUAUUACUAAAAACAAAAUAGGAUAAAUUCAUGCAGAAGCGUUAGCGAAACACAAAUAUAUUUUAAUUGUAUAUACAUAUAUAACUAUAUAUACAUAUAUGAGAUAUAAGAAGUACAGAAGUCCUUGCAACAAAAAGAGCAUAACAUAAGGCCGAAUUAUAGAUUUAUAUAGCUCAUAAAACAAUAAAAACGCAUUUAGACCCCCCCCCCCUUUUCCACAAAACGUAAAAUGGACUUAUGUCCCAAAACAAACUGAAAUGUCGCAUUUUUAAAAAUUCGAUUAAAAUGUAGCUAAUAUUAGAAGAAAAAAAAACUAUUUUAAGGGCCCCCGACGCCAAACGGAAAAUUGCAAGUUGUUUCAUAAUUCAUAAACCUAUUAAAUAAAGUCAUAUACAAACUGAACAGUCACUGUCUCUAUCUGAUAAAUUUCUUGUUGAAAUAAAUUUUUUUAGCUCAUAUUUCACAAACACGAACGUUGGGGCCGCGGCCCGCCACGGAUUAUUGUAAAAUGAUUGUAAUAAUUCAGAAAAUUAGCAGGCUUACGGGAAAUAAAUAACAAACGUUUUAUUGCAAUCAGAGGCAUGGCAUAGGGGCUGUUUUUGUUGACAAUCAUACACACACAUUAAUUUAUAUAUUUAUAUUCAUACAUAUAUAUAUAUAUAUAUAUAUACAUUAUAUAAGGAGGGAGGAAGUGGAGAUGCCAAAGAAGAUGAAAAUAAAAAUAGUUGUCAAAGUUGCGAAAUAUUCCUUAGGCAAUAUCUGAAUGCCCUUUUCACAAAACACUUUUCCAAUAUUUGGCAAACGCAAUGUUUUCAUCUUUAUUGCUGUUUUACUCACAGUAUGUACAAUUUUUGGCUUUUCAUUCAUUUUUGUUGAACUAUAAAUGAACAUUCCGUUUUAAAUCUUAUUAUUUGACAGGAAAAGGAGAAGAAUAUGGGGUAUACCUGAAGGCUGCCAGUAAAUUGUGUGAUAUAAUCAAAACUGCAUCUCUCCGAGUAGGUCAGUAUCUGUCAAUGGUGGUCAUUAACUGUCAGAGUAGGUCAGUAACUUUCAGAGUUGGUCAGUAUGAUUGUUGAUUAUAAUCAUAAUACUACACGGCGGCUAAUUAUAAUUGAAAAUUUAUCAUCAUCCAUUAAGAAACAAAAUCAUAAAUUUAAAAAAAAUAAUAUAUUAAAAAAAUCAAAUGUUAAAAUAUUAUUAUCAUUACGGUCAAUAAUGAUUAGCACAUAAUUGCUACAAUAACUUUCACGGAACUAGACUAUUAUGUCCAUCUAUAAGUUGUCUAUUCAAGACAUGCGCGUUAUUUGGAUUACUGAUUGAUGUUAAAAAGCUAAACUAUCCCAUUUACAUUAAACGAUUAGAGAAAAUUUAAACUAUAUCUUUCAAGAAAUAAAUUAAUUAAAAAAAAUAUAUAUAUAACAACAACGCUAGUUUGUUUUUAAACGUGGAGCCGGUAAAUCUUGUGUCGAUAUCUGUUAGCAGCAUUAACUGGUUUUAUUUGCAAGUACUUUGUUUUUGUUGACAUGUUUCAUACCGUACUUUUAGAAAUGUCAAAUGUCAAAGUAUUUUUGGGAUGAUUCAGAAGUCCUGCUUAGGGAAUGGAAUGAUGGAAAGGUUGCUUUAAUAAUACCUAUGGAUACACAAUUAUUCCUUUCUUUUUGUUCUUCUAAUUUGCAGUGGACCUGUACAAGUUUAAUCUCUAUAACCGGGAUGUCAACAAAAGG